CUAGGUGAAUGAAGGAAUUUGAAGAAAUAGAAAGAAGUCACUAAUUUAUGCGAGACGGCGUCUUUAUUUUCAAAUUUAAUUGGUUAAGUUUUGAAGUGAGAACCGUGUUACAUUGCUUUAGUGCCCUUGAACGAUUGUUAUAAUAGUGUUAGUGAAAUUGUAAAAUACAAAUACAUAUUUUGUUAGGAAUUGUCUAGGAGAAGAAUUAUUCAAUAUGGGCGACCAACAGUUUUUCCUGAAAUGGAAUGACUUUCAGACGAAUAUGGUGACAUCAUUUAGACAUUUAAGGGAUGAAAAAAGCUUUACAGACGUAACUUUAGCAUGCGAAGGGCAAACAUGUAAAGCUCAUAAGAUGGUGCUCUCCGCAUGCAGUCCAUAUUUCAAAAGCUUGUUAGAGGAAAAUCCAUCAAAACAUCCAAUAAUAAUAUUAAAGGAUGUUUCUUACCUGCACUUGCAAGCGAUACUGGAGUUCAUGUAUGCAGGUGAAGUGAAUGUAUCACAGGAACAGUUGCCGGCCUUCCUCAAGACUGCUGCAAGACUUAAGGUGAAAGGUCUCGCUGAGCCUCCACCACAGAUGCCUACUAUUAAACGGGAAGGCUAACACCAGCUUAGUGUGCAAGUGCCCUAUAGACUUUAGUGAUUGAAACGGAGAACACCAAUGUAACAUAACUAACUAACCUCAACCGUUUAUUUGAUUUCAAUACCUUAAGUUUAUAUCUACACAUUGGAUUUGGGUAAGUAAAUAAAUUCUAGACAAUUAUUGUAAAUUUCAAAUUUGACAUAUGCCUUUUAAAAGUAGGGUGAAUUUACUUAGCAUGUACCAAUUAUUGACUUUGAUUUAAUGGAUUGGUGGUAAAGCCUAAUUUUAUUCUAGAAUAGCAAUUUACAAGUGAAAUAUUUUCACAUUUGCUAUAUACAAGAUUUUUUUUUUAAUUAUAAAAUUGUUUAGUUUUUUUUUUAAAUUACUUGAACUAAUGUGUAGAUAGGAAAAUCCAUUCCAUAUAAAAAUAAUUUGCUGACUUUCUAUGGGUUUAUAUGCACAUAAAAUUUUUGUUGAU